UUGCCAAUGAAAAGAAAACGUUUAGUUGUGUAGCAAGCGGUAAUCCUAUACCUUGGGUACAAUGGAUUUCUAUCGAUAGUGAUGUGAAGCUCACAGCUAUAGCAAAGAAGGAAAUAGUUUUGACAGUUGAAAAAAUGAAUAAAUCUUACAUCGGAAAUUAUUCUUGUAAGGCAUGGAACUCGUUUGGUAUUACAGAGAAGCGUUUGUUGUCACUAAGACUUCGACCUCAAGAUCCUACACCGACGAUCCAAAACGACGAUGGUACAUCACCAGGAACCAUUGCAGGGAUAGUUAUUGGUGUUUCCAUAGUCAUCAUAUUAAUUAUCAUCAUUGUUCUCUAUAGAAAACAAAAACAAAAAUUAUCAUUCUACAAACAUCAGUAUUUUCUACGUACUGGAAAUUAUUCAAUCGACCCCAGUAUAACGCUUAAUGAGCAAAGUAUGAAUUUACCGUACGACUCUGAUUGGGAAUUUCCUUUUGAAAGACUCGUUAUGGGUGAUCGUCUUGGUGCAGGAGCCUUUGGAGAAGUUUACAAAGCUGAAGCAAUGGGAAUUUUAGCUUUAAAUCCUCGCGAUAAAAGCAGCAUUGUUGGUAAGAGAAGAUCGAAAAUACGUCGUACUUUAAGGGCAAGUCAAAGACCUAAAAAGAAAGACCAUUUACAGCCUAAUUCAACCAAUGCCAUUGUUGCUGUAAAAACUGUUAAAGCUCAUGCAACAGAAAGCGAAAUACGUGAUUUAGCAGAGGAACUGAAACUAAUGAUUCACAUUGGUGAAAAUAAAAAUAUCGUUAAUUUACUCGGCGCUUGUACCAAGGGACGGCAACUUUAUGUAAUCUUGGAAUUUUGUCCUCAUGGAAACUUGCUGACAUUUUUAAGAUCCAAAAGAUCUUUUUAUGAAAGCACCUGGGAAAAGAAAAUUUGUGAUCCAGAGAAAGAGUUUACUUUAAUUGAUAUUGUUGGUGCUGCUUUUCAAAUUGCCAAAGGAAUGGAGUUUCUUGCUUCACGAAAGUUAAUACAUCGUGAUCUUGCUGCCCGUAACAUUCUUGUUGCUGAAGAAUACGUCAUGAAAAUAUCAGAUUUUGGUCUGGCACGAGAUAUAUAUAAAAGCGAUGUUUAUGUAAAGACAUCCAGUGGUAUGUUACCUGUAAAAUGGAUGGCUGUAGAAUCUUUAUAUCGCGUAUAUACUCAUCAAAGUGAUGUUUGGUCCUUCGGUGUUCUACUGUGGGAGAUGAUGACUCUUGGAGGUACGCCUUAUCCUGAUCUACCAGCUGAACAAUUGCUGGAUUUUUUAAACCAAGGAAAACGUAUGCCACAACCCACUAAAUGUCCGUUGGAAAUCUAUACAAUCAUGAGAGAUUGUUGGCAGGAACAACCACAAAAUAGACCAACAUUUUCCAAUUUGGUAGAGCAUUUUGGAAGAAUAUUGGAACGACAUUUGGAAAAGACGAAUCCAUAUUUACACAUUGAAGCAAGUGCUGAGGAGAUUGAGGCAGCAAGGGAGAAAGAUGAAUUAUUGGAAAAAAAAUCUGACUAUUACUUACAACCAUUGCUCAUUUCCAAUAAAUUACAUGGCUAUGACUCCAAUGCACCAUUACCUACCCUCCCACAGAUGCAUACACGGCACCUACAGUUCCUUUACCUGAGGUUGCUGUUGAACCAUCAACACAGAAAUUAA